UUGGCGCGGAAGGAACUUCAAAUUGAGAGAGCGCGAAAACCCUAGCGGAGAGAGAGUAUGGGGAUCGAUCAUCAUCUUGAUCAACAUCAUCAAGCGGCCGAUGGAUUGAUGAAUUUGUUCACGAAGGCCAAUCUCGAUCUCUCAGUAGUUCAGUACAGGCUCGAGAAGGAGUUUCAGCAAAUCUAUCCUGAAAGCGCGAAUCCAAUGAAGUUAGUUUCAAGGAUAAAGAAGAUACAGGAUGAUAUAUCAACAUUGAAAGAGCAGUGUCGUGAAGUUUUAAUAGCUAAACAGGAUGUAAUCGAUCAGGCCCGGACGGUUCUUCUUGGGAACAGAAACAUGCUGCAAAAAAUGCAAGCAUCCAUGGGCAUACCCUUUGUUAGUGAUCUCGAUGAUCCUGCAUUUUCGGAAUUCAAGCAGAUCACUGAAGAGUGGACAACACAAGUUCAAUCAAAAUUUUCAGGGGAAGAUGGCCAAGAGGACGCCGAUUGCAAUGAUGUCAACAAGUUGCUAUUCUCGGCCGUGGUGCAGGCUUGAUUUGUAGAGUUUCAGAAGGAAAAUUAAGUUGCAUGUAUUCAGGUACCUUAAUAUCAGUUUGGCAACGGUAAAAGAUGUCAAGAGGUUAAAUGAAACAGGUCUGUGAGCCGAAUGAAAUUUGAGUAUGAACAAUUUACUGAAAAGCACAGUUUUUACAAAAAUUUGGAAACAACAUAUUUGCAUUAAAAAAACAUCAAAAGCAGCAUUAUUAAGCUAAAACAAUUAAAAUUAUGUAACAAAGCAAUUUUUUUUUUUUUUCAUUAUGAAAUAAUCUUUUGUGUGGAA